AUGCAGUGUUUGAUAAUGAUUCUGUGUAUCGUUUGUAUGAUCGCCGAUUCCACGGAAACUGACGAAGAGGAAGUGAAAGGAUUAGUACGAGACUGGGCACCAUUGGUAUGGCUUGCGCCUGGUGAACUGUUUCUGCCCCUCGGGGUGCCCGAGUUCCUCGACAACAUGCAAUCCGACAACGAUUAUCUUUGCACCAGUAUCGACGUAGAGACGUUGCUGAGGAAUCGGUCGUCGUUCUUGUACGGCCGGAAGCCAGCUGGUUCGGUGCCUGUUUACACCGUGAUCAAGAAUUGCGUCGAUCCUUCGGAGGCCUCCACGGACGCGAUGAACUCGAUGGCCGCGAGGGAAGAAAAGAAAUUACGGAGAAAGGGGAGCGACGCGUCGAUACGUUCGCAAAAUGCGCUCCAAUUGGACGAUUUCGGUUCGCCGAUGAUUCUGACCAACGACGUCCCGGGGAAAGUUUGGAAGGGCGAUUCUAAACUUGGCGUCGAGAAAAUCACAGAUUUCGAGAAAAAGAAGAAAAAAUGGAACAGGUCCCGGAAGCUGCGCUUUCACGUGACCUAUUGGAUGUUCUAUCCGUUCAGCGAGGGAAAGGCAGUCUGUGUUCUGGAUCUCGGAUUUUUUGGUAGCUGGCCGAUACCCACUGUAGGCGGUAUGUGCCUCGGAAUGUUCAAGGAGUACGGCAAUCACGUCGGCGAUUGGGAACACAUGAGUCUAUAUUUUAAGGAUGCCAGUCAUCCUUCAGCGAUGUAUGUCUCCGCCCACGAUGCCGGGGCUUUCUAUCGGUACGAUCUGCGAAGCGGUACUUUUGUCUACGAGAGCCAGGAGACGCGUAAAGGCAUUUUCCAGAAACCGAUAUUCCCGGAAAGAGUGUACACCGCCGGUGGCUCUCAUCCGAUACUGUUCAGCGCGCGUGGAUCGCACGGACUCUGGACAGCACCGGGGAAGCACAAAUUCGUCAGAUUGCCUCGCCUUUACGACGAGAGCGGUUUCGGUACCGCGUGGCCCACGUGGAAGAAGAUGGAAUUGCUUCUAAAGGAGGACAAUGGCAUCCUGCCCACCUGGAUGACAUUCAGGGGCAAAUGGGGCAACCCUAAAAGUAACUGCCAUCCUCUGGUCAGGCUUGGCUUUAACAUUUGUGAAUUUGUCGACGGACCAACCGGCAUUCCUAUGAAAAAGUCGAAUUUUCGGUGCUGAUGUUAGACUUCUACGUUUAACAAGCCUUCAAGAUCGCCUAGUGUCGCUCGAUUUAUAUCUAUGGAAGAUUUUAACAGAAAACGUGUAUAAAUGGAUGAAAUAUAAUAAUGAGACUCGUUUAAUAUUUAAUCAAACCCUUCUCCUCCUUUCAAUUCGAGCUGUGCAACUACAACGAGAAUUUAUUAGCU